AGAUUUACAGAAUGGAUGUUUUUUCUCUUGACAUGCAGUUUCCCCUGGAGGAUCGUGGAUGACUGUGGGGGAGCCUUCACCAUGGGAGCUAUUGGAGGAGGAAUAUUUCAGGCAGUAAAAGGCUUCAGAAAUUCCCCCUCAGGAAUGAACCACAGACUGAAAGGUAGCAUGACUGCCAUCAAGACCAGAGCCCCACAACUUGGAGGAAGCUUUGCAGUAUGGGGAGGCCUCUUCUCCAUGAUCGACUGUGGUUUAGUAAAAGUACGAGGGAAGGAGGAUCCCUGGAACUCGAUUACGAGUGGGGCCAUGACGGGAGCUAUCCUUGCUGCAAGAAAUGGACCAAUAGCCAUGUUCGGCUCUGCAGCUAUGGGAGGAAUCCUGCUGGCAUUGAUAGAGGGCGCUGGAAUCUUGCUCACUAGAUUCGCCUCUUCACAGUUCCCAACUGGGCCCCAGUUUGCUGAGGAACCCGCCCCUGCUCCCAUGCCCACCUCUUCCUUUGGAGACUACAGACAAUACCAGUGAGAGGGCUCCCUCACAUCUUAUCCACUAGGCCUUUUUGAAUUCCUUGCUGAAGUUACAAAGAAGAAAUGGAGACGUAAAAUACCACACAUCAGCGAAUAGCGACUGCACCCAACUUUGCGGACCGUGUCAGAGAAGUGAAGGACAGAGUACAUCUUCCUUCUUUCAAGAGCCAUGUACAGAUCUGUUCCUGUGCCAUUCUCCGCCUUGUCAUGUGCAUCUGUUUCCCCGAAUAUGGGUUAAAUACAAACACGUGGUGAGACUGGGGACGAGGUGUGUUUUUCUGUUUUGUUCAUUCACGUUAUGUACUGCAUGUAGGCCAACAUGUGGGAGCACCAGGCCGGAGAGCUUCGGGACAGUGUUGAAUCGAGCAAAAACGUGUCACACGAGGACCAAUUAAAUUAUUCGUAUGGUAUACUUCUGUGUAUAUACAGUAAAGGCUUCUUACUUCUCACUUAAAGUUUCAUUUUUCUCAAAUAUGUGACCUGCUGGCCACUUUCAUUUCGCUGGAAUUUUUUUGUUUAGUUUUAAUUGGGAGUUAUGAAGGCAAACUGGUCACAAUGCUAUUCCUGGGAUGAGUUUUGUUUUAAAUUUAGUUAUUUAUUUGAGAUGGAGGGUUGUUUUUUAAUGUUCCAGUGCUUUUACAUCCAAAACAAAGGUUUGGGAAAUGUCGGUAAUGACAAAGGGUGCCCGAGGAAUUACAACUGAAUGGAGAAACUCAAGCAAAGGGAUUGAUGCAUACUGUAUGACAACUGUAUGAUAGCUUAUACUAUGGUACAAUAAAUAAAUAAGUUGUUACCCGUG